CCAAGAAAGAAAAGAUCAACAAAACCCUAGAAGUGUCUCCUUUCUAAUUCUAAUUUUCUGGAAACAGCACUAAGCCUGAAUGGACCCAUUAUUCUCAACUUGCAGUUUAUUCACCAUGGCAGAAGAUGAUGAAAAUAUCCCUAUGUCAUCACACUCUUGGCUGUGGAAGAAAAAAAGGAAUUCCAUCUUUCCAACAGUUGAAAGCAAAAGUGAAAGCAAAACAGGGGCCUGGAUACAAACAGAUUUCCCAUCAAGUUCCCAAGUAUCUGAAGAGGGCUUGAGAAAUAACGUGGAGUCCAAAUCACAAUCAAAUAUCAUCUCAUGGAUUUCCUUGCCUGGAAGUGUUACUGAUGUUAUAGAGGAGGUACAAGCUCAUCCAACAAAAAAUAUAGCCGUGGAGGAAGAAACUGGAUGUGGUGAAGCUUUCUCAAAUGAGAACAAGAGUUUUGACAAUAGUAAGACUUCCUUUGCAAAACGUCUCAGUGAAAAUGAAGAAAACCAAAAGGAAGCAGAGAAAGGUUAUCCAAGUUCUCCUGGAUGGUUGUUUCCUGAGGUUCAGCUGGAUGGGUGCCAAUCCAAAGAAGAGCUAUCUUACAUUCCCUAUAGAUCAGCUAAAUUAUACAUUACCAAGAUUGCAAAAGACAUGCACCAGAUGAAAAUCAAAUACGUGAAAGUUAUCAAAGAGCUGGAGCAUUUUGGAAAAGAAAGUCAGAAGCAAGCCGUAAUGGCGGUGAAAAACCAAUACGGUGACAAAAUAAAGCACCUGAGAUCUUCUCUGGAAGCUUAUCAAGAAAUGGUAGGAAAAGAAAAGCAAAGCUGGCAAGACACAAAAAAGAUAUUGGAAGAAGAAAACAGGAAGUUGAGACAAGAAAAGGAGGAGCUCAUGAACCAAAUCCCAGUGCAAGACGUGAAUGCAGACAAAGAAAAGGUACUCCAGAAUUAGGAUUGUUAAACAUUCUUCGAA